AUUGAAAAAUCAUGGCAGGUCCUGAAGCUGAUGCCCAAUUCCAGUUCACUGGUAUUAAAAAAUAUUUCAACUCAUACACCCUCACGGGUAGAAUGAAUUGUGUAUUGGCCACAUAUGGAGGCAUUGCUUUGAUGGUCUUAUACUUCAAGUUAAGAUCUAAAAAAACUCCGGCUGUGAAAGCCACAUAAUGGAUACUGAAUUGUUAAGUUCCCGUGCUUGGAGAAGCUGAUGUCAACUUAUCACAUGAUGAUUCAACUUGUACAAUAAAUUAUGAACCUGGAAAA